AUGGACGACUGGGAUGACGUGUUUGAUGCCGGCGCGUCCGAGUUUGAUAUUGCAGCGGCAGAGCAGCGCCAGCGCCAGGAUCGCCAUUGGCGUAUGGGCUACACAGACGGGGCGGCAGCGGGUCGCGAGGCGGGCUUGCAGCGUGGCUUCGAGUCGGGCCUUGAACAAGCUCGCGCACUUGCGCACCAAUAUGGCCGGCUACAGGGUUUUGUCUGCUCGGCUUUAAUUCUUGCUACCAAAACUCUCCCUCACGACCACCCGGAGGUAGCUGCUCUCCAAGCUGUGUAUGCCGAAGUCUAUGAUAUGAGUGCUGCUUGCCGAGCUACAGGAGCGCUACGCAGCAGCCAGUGCAGCGCUGGAGCUACCUGUCUUGCGUCUCUGACGCUCUGCGCCACAAUCGUCGCUCCGAAGGUGCUACUUUACGGCACGACGGGGCUCACAGAGGGCAGGUGGGGCUCUAGCCAAGCAUGCUGGCGCAGCCAGCGUCGCCACCAGUCGGGCCUCCCUGACAAGGUUCCCACCAUCAACUCGACCAUUCGCGCAUCUCCGGGGUACACGGGGACAGCACCUGUCAAGUCUGCAGCCAGGACUUCGGCCGGGGCUAGAUGGGGCCGGGGACCAAUGAGUUCGCGCAUUCCCAAAGGCCCUGGCGUGUCGGCUGAAGCAUCUCGCCAGGCAAUGGCGGCCCAGAAGCGUGCGGCCGCCAGCCAUGCUUUUGGAUUGACGGUGCCAAGCUCAUCCCAAGCACGGAUCGUUGCAAGUAUACCCAUAGCACUGGUGGUCACCGCCCAGAUGAGAGUGGGGGGUAUCGGUGGGUGCUGUUGGGUGCAGCCCGCGGCAGCCCACUCCCGGACGGCAUCGCACAGCCAUGUCGCCAUGGCCGGCGUACUGGCCAUCUGCAGGGCUCGGCGACCUGGUGGGCCAAGCAUGGCCCAGCGUGUUGGGCUGUGCGUGAACCAGUGCCAGAUCUCAGCCACCAGCAAGGCCUGUGGCUGGGACACAAAACAGCAGCAUCUGCAUGGUGUUGCCCGGCUUGCUUGCGAGCGGCGGGCAGCGCCCAGCAGGAUCCCGCGCAGCCGCUGGUCUUUGCCGCCACAAGCGCAGUACCAUGGCCCCCGCCGCAUCCAGCUGGUCAACCUGCUCAGCCAAGUCCUUCAAGGCGACCUCGAGCUCAUUGAAGAGAGCGUGGUCGAUGGCGGUCAACCCGACAUUCCCCCGUGA